UGCCUGGUUACAGUUGCCAGGAUACGGUUGCCACGCCCAGCACUGUAAGAAUUAAAUGGAGGAACCUGAGCAGAUCCUGCAGGGAGAGCUAGAGGAGGAAGAGGAGGAGGAGGAAGAUCAUGGUGUUACUGAAAAAGUCAAUGAGUUUUUUACUGAGCUUGACAUUGAGCAAGAGCAGAGGAGAAGAAGACUCAGAUCUGAAGGAAUUAGAGCUCCUCGUAGAAGAAGUGUACUUCCAUCGCAUCUUCAUUCAGUGAUGGGUUCAGCUAAUCUCACAUUAGCACGUGGGGACACUUCAGGUGCCAUUGAACUAUGCAUGGAAGUGAUUAGACAAGCUCCUCAUGUUAUUGAGCCAUUCCUCACUCUUGCUACCAUUUAUGAAGAUCUUGGAAAGAAAGAAAAGCUCCUUCAAAUAUUGCUUAUAUGUGCUUACUUGAAGCAAAGUGAUAUAAAUGUGUGGUGUAAAGCAGCCGAGUUAGCAAUUGAAUUGACCCAGCUGCAUAUUGGAGAGCAGUGCUUUAAAAAGGCAUAUGCUCUUGACAAAUCUAAUUAUUCGUUGCUUUGGAGGAGAGCUAGUAUAUUGCAGGAGAUGGGACAGUUCAAAAAUGCCAUUGAUUGUUAUACUGCAUUAAGAGAAUGUCUACCUGAUGGAUCUGGGCCCGAUUUUAUUGAAGUAACUAAAGAAUUGUCAAGAAUUUACCAUCAGCAAUUGGAUGAUGUUAAAGCUAUUGAUCUACUUCAGGACUCUUUUGAUAAGUACAGUGAUCACUUUGAUGAUGAAGCCGUCAAUAUACUCUCAGAAUUACUCAUAUCCUCAAGACAAUUUGAAAAUGCAUUUGAGUUACUUACUAAUUAUUACGAACUAUCUAAAGAUACUACCACUACUACUACUCCUCCUCCUCCUACUAGCACUGCUAAUGCUAGUACUACUGCUAAUGCUAGCACUACUGAGCCAUUCUCAAUCUCAACUGCACUCUCCCUCUCAAUGGGUGCAUCAGACGAACUGGGUCAAAGCAUCAGCGAAAUAACUGGUUUGACCGGUUUGACUGGUGAGGAGUCUACGCAACCCAAGGUUACUAUUGAUGAGAUACCUGAGAGUGUUCCUGUGGAUAUAAGAGCUAAACUAGUAGUUUGUAUGAUACAGUUGAAGUACAUACUACCUAAAAACACACUCUUAGCUCUUACUUCUUUCCCUGAGAGCUAUGGCGAUCUUAUUCUUGAUGUUGCUGAAGCUUUCAUGGAAAAUGCUGAAUACUCAAAGGCCCUUCCAUUACUUACUACACUAACAGAAACGAAGGAGUUCUCUCAGGCUGGGGUCUGGCUUAAACACGCUGAAUGUCUCCACAUGUUGAAUGAGCUAGAACCGGCGGCUCUCUCUUACUCAAAGGUCCUCUCGUUAGCUCCUCAUCACACAGAAACUAGAAUGAUACUGGCUUCACUAUACAGCCAACUAGGCAUGACUGAAGAUGCACUGGCAUUACUUGAUGCAGAGGACAAUUUAUAUAGUUCUCAAGAUGACGAAGAGACAGUAUUGCCAAUGGAACCACCAGUGCCUCAGAAAUCACCAGCACGUGCUAGCAAGUCAAAGUCAAGUAGGCGUGGUACAUCUUCACUCAAGAAAUCUGUGACAUUUGCAGAGAGUAGUGAACUAGCACCAGCUCUAUCUCAAGAUGUGAGACUUCUAUUAACAAAGUUCAUGCUCCUUGUUGGUGAAGAGAGAGUAAAGGAAUAUGUUGAUGUUGGAGUGGAGAUGUUAUUGUUUUUCUUUAGGCAGUAUUACGAUAUCAAAGAUAUUAGAGAGUACAUCGGUUUAAGUGACAAGAGCAUUAGAAUGAAGCUGAGAAAGUUUUUUCCAGAUGAAGACAAAUCACUGAAGGAGCAAGAAAAGUUUAUCAAUGUUGAUGAAUGGUGGAAAGUCUUUUACAUGACAUGCAAAGGUUUAUAUAAAUUGGGCCAGUAUGACAGUCUCAUUCACUUGAUUUUUUGUGCUGACAUCUCAAAGAAAUUGGAAGCACACAGAAAAGAACUACUGCUAUUGGCAUCUUCAGCAUCUUUAUUAACAGCUGAUGACAGCUUAUUUCAUUUCAUAAGACUACUGUAUUUUAAAAAAUCUGAUUUUCCCCUUUUCUGGAACUUGUUCAAUUGCAUGGCACCUCUUCAGAGGCAGCAUAAAUUCAUUCUUCGUCAGUUGAUCAAAAAUCCUUCUAUAAUGCCACUGGUGAGACUAUCAGCUAAUUAUUCACUACUCAGUAGCAGCUAUAAAUUUGCUCUUGCUCAGUAUGAGUUGGCAUACAGGGAAGAUCCUAAUGACCAUCUCUUGUGUCUCUGUAUUGCUGUGGUGUAUCUUCAAAUGGUGCUACAGAAGCAUACAUUGAAGAAGAACACACUAGUGAUACAGGCUGUUGGUUUCUUACACAAAUAUUUUAAUAUACGUGGACCUUGUCAAGAGUCCUAUUACAAUGUUGGACGCUUCUUCCACCAAUUGGGUCUAUUGCACAUUGCUUGUCAUUAUUACAAAAUGGUCCUCUCAACUGACCCCGAUAACCUAAGACAUGACUCCAAUGCUAAAAUGGUAUAUCCCAGUUUAACGCAUGAGGCUGCUUUUAAUUUGGGACUGAUCUACAACCAGUCAGGAAACAGGCCACUAGCUUUACAUUAUAUGUGGCAUUAUUGCAGGAUCUAAAUUACUGCCUAUUUUCCACAAAUGUUUAAUUAAUAAUUGUCUGUUUGGUAUUACAUUUAG